GUAAUUUCUUUCCUUGAUCUUUUCAUAGAUUGUUGAGUAUAAUACAUUGUCCACACAACCUGUACAUACGUUAGAGAUUGUUACAUUUAUCUAAAUUCUUAAACAUAAAAAAAUAAAAAUGAUGACUCGUGGAUCCAAGGCGCGCCAGGCGGAGGAACAACUCCGGCUGGCGCUCCAGGAGUUAAAGACAUACAGGGUACAGUGUGAGCAAUUACUAAGGGAGAGAGACGAAAAUGAGAAGGAGUUAGAGAAGAUUUUCAAAAAAAAUACAGAAUUAAAAAAUCAAAUGUCACAAAUGUAUACUGAAUAUACUAAUGUAAAAAAUGAAAAUGAAAAUCUUCUCAAAAUAGUCAAUGGGUUUGACCAGUGCAGAGAUGAAUAUGAGGAAACCCUCAAAUUCAACAGUGAAUUGAAACAUCAGCUGCAUGAGGCAAAUAAACAAGUUAUUCAGCUUAAAAAUAUAAACCAUAGUCUAACAGCCUCUCAAACCCAGUGUCUAUACAAUGAAUUGGUUGAAAACGCACCAAACUUAGUGUCUUCUGUCUCAAACUUGAAAAAUAAUAUUAGUGUAAUAGAUUUGACCAGUGAUGACUCGAACACUACCAUCCCUAUGCCAAAAGGAUCGGAACUUAAUCCACCAGGCUGCUUCAUUGUAGGUUGGCGGGGAGAUUUUCUACUAUGA